CGCAGGGAAGGAGCCCCUUAGCGGCGCAAAGUCGCCGCGGCGGCCGGGAAGCGCGGGUGGCGGGGCCGAGCUGCGCGCGCGCCAGUCCCGCCUGCGGGGCACACGCCCGGAGCUGAGCGCACAUCCUCAGCCGCGCCCUAGCGUCGCCUGUCUGUUCAAGCUCUGAAUGCUACCGGGGUGAAAGGAGAAAAUGGUCACGGGGGAUUUAAUCUGCAUUUCCAUGACCGGAGGGGCGCCCUGGGGGUUCAGGCUGCAAGGUGGUAAGGAGCAGAAGCAGCCCUUACAAGUUGCCAAGAUCCGCAGCCAGAGCAAAGCCUCCAGUUCUGGGCUCUGUGAGGGGGAUGAAGUGGUUUCUAUCAAUGGCAACCCUUGUGCAGACCUCACCUACCCACAGGUCAUCAAGCUCAUGGAGAGCAUAACAGACUCUCUCCAAAUGUUCAUCAAAAGACCAUCCAGUGGAGUAAAUGAGACUUUAAUCUCUGAAACUGAAAACAAAACCUGUGAACAUCUCACCCCUGAGGGGCACGUGGAAAGUACCACCCUGAAGAUUGGACCAGCCAUAAAGAGCCAGUACAGGGAGUUCUACAUCGCCCCGGUCAGGAGUGGAGCUGAGGACCGAGAAAGUGGCCCUAGUUUCUCUGGGAGCGUAAAAGAAGAAAUAGCCCUGAGCUGCCAAGUGGAUCCCUGCAUGCCUGACUCCCAAAGAGAACGCUCACCAGAGGAGGUUAUCUUAAGGGAGAAGGCAGAAGUGGAACAGCUAGGCCCUGUGGUGGAGCUACAACUAUCCCUUUCACAAGAGAGACACAAGGGCACUGGUGCCCCCGUAGUUGCUCUCCUGGGAGCUGAAAAAUCUAAGUCUCCCAACCCAGAUCCUAAUUUACAACACGAUGGUAUUGUCCGAAGAAAUUCAGUCCCCACUGAUGAGAAAGGGGACCCUUCUCUGAGAUCCAGCAAGAUAAUCCAGAUUUCCAGUGGCAAAGAGUUGAGAGUGAUUCAGGCAAGUGAAGCAGGACACACCGGCCUGGCCCGAGUGGAAGUGAUCCUCAACUGUUCUGACAGGCAGAAGACGGAAGGGUGCAGGCUUCAGGCAGGAAAGGGGUGUGUGGAUUCUCCAGGGGAAGGAGGGCAGUCAGAAGCACCUCCUUCUCUGGUGUCCUUUGCAGUCUCAUCAGAAGGCACAGAGCAGGGAGAAGAUCCACACUCGGAAAGGGAUCACAGCAGACCCCACAAGCACAGGGCACGCCAUGCACGGCUCAGGAGGAGUGAAAGCCUAUCAGAAAAGCAGGUGAAAGAAGCAAAAUCUAAAUGCAAAAGCAUUGCUCUCCUUCUAACAGAUGCCCCCAACCCCAACUCCAAGGGGGUGUUGAUGUUUAAGAAGCGUCGCAGGCGGGCCAGGAAAUACACCCUAGUCAGCUACGGUACCGGUGAGCUUGAGCGAGAGGUGGACGAGGAGGAAGAAGGUGACAAAGAGGACACAUGUGAAGUAGUAUUUCUGGGCACGAGUGAGUCAGAGGUGGAUGAAGAGUUAUUGUCUGAAGGUGACAACACACAGGUUGUGAACUUUGACUGGGACUCUGGACUAGUGGACAUUGAAAAGAAACUGGACAGAGGGGACAAGAUGGAGAUGCUGCCAGACACCACGGGCAAGGGAGCCCUUAUGUUUGCCAAGAGGAGGGAGAGAAUGGAUCAGAUCACGGCACAAAAAGAGGAGGAGAGGAUGGGUGGGAUGCCAAGCAGAGAACCAGACACUGCCCAGACAGAUGGCCUGAGAACCAUGACUUCCUACCAGAGGAAAGAGGAAGACUCCAUCAGAGUGCAGAGCUCUGUGAGCAAAAGCUACAUCCAGGUGAGCCAUGGUCUUGGCCACGUGCCCCAACAGAAUGGCCUCAGUGGGGUGUCCGAGACAGCAGAGGCCCAGAGGAUGAUCCCUAUGAACAGAACAGCCAAACCCUUCCUGGGGUCUGUGAACCAGACAGCAGCCCCCUUCUCCCCGACCCGAAACAUGACGAGUCCCAUCGCUGACUUUCCUGCACCUCCACCUUAUUCUGCAGUCACACCUCCGCCUGAAGGCUUCUCCAGGGCAGUAUCCAGUCCGAUAGCUGGCCCAGCACAGCCUCCUCCGUGGCCGCAGCCUGCCCCGUGGUCCCAGCCAGCUUUUUAUGAUUCAUCUGAGCGAAUAGCUUCCCGGGAUGAAAGGAUCGCUGUGCCAGCAAAAAGAACAGGAAUACUGCAGGAGGCCAAAAGGAGAAGCACGACAAAACCCAUGUUCACCUUUAAAGAACCGAAAGUAAGCCCCAAUCCUGAACUCUUGUCACUUCUUCAAACUUCAGAAGGCAAGCGGGGUGCUGGAGGUGAUUCUGGACCUGAAGAAGACUACCUCAGUUUAGGAGCAGAGGCUUGUAAUUUCAUGCAAAGCUCCUCUGCAAAACAAAAGAUGCCACCUCCUGUUGCUCCAAAACCUGCAGUCAAGUCCUCGUCCUCCCAGCCAGUGACUCCAGUUUCUCCAGUCUGGUCACCAGGAGUGGUUCCAACCCAACCUCUUGCUUUCCCCACAUCCAACCCAUCACAGAGCACCAUUGUCUCCUCCAUCAAAAUAGCCCAGCCCUCUUACCCUCCUGCCCGGCCAGUGAGUGCUUUGAACCUGGCUGGUCCCUUCAAAGGACCGCAAGCAGCAGUAGCCAGUCAGAACUACACUCCAAAGGCAACAGCCCCCACUCCAACAGUGCCUGCUGCUCAUGCUCCUGCGGUGGGACCAUCUGGUGAGCUUCCCGGAAUGAGUGGGAGGGGAGCCCAGCUCUUUGCUAAAAGGCAGUCGAGGAUGGAGAAGUACGUGGUAGAUUCAGACACAGUGCAGGCACACGCUGCUCGUGCUCAGUCUCCCACUCCCUCUCUACCGGCCAGUUGGAAGUACUCCUCCAACAUCCGAGCACCUCCUCCUGUGGCCUACAAUCCUAUCCACUCCCCCUCCUACCCACUGGCUGCUGUCAAGUCUCAGCCAUCAGCCCCACAGGCAUCCAAAACGAGCAAGAAAAAGGGCAAGAAACCCCUCAACGCUUUAGAUGUCAUGAAGCACCAACCAUAUCAGCUAAAUGCAGCCUUGUUUACUUUCCAACCGCCAGAUGCAAAGGAUGGCCUCCCCCAAAAAUCAUCCAUCAAGGUUAAUUCAGUGCUGGCCAUGAAACAUGCCCUUCCUCCCCGGCCCGUGAAUGCCAGCUCACCCAUGAAUGUGCAGGCCUCCUCUGUGUACUCAGUACCAGCCUAUAGCUCUCAGCCUUCCUUCUUCACAGAGGCCACCUCACCGGUCAGUGCAUCCCCAGUGCCUGUGGGCAUUCCCAGCUCUCCAAAGCAAGAAUCAGCAUCGACAUCCUAUUUCGUGGCACCACGGCCGAAGUUCUCAGCCAAGAAAAGUGGUGUCACUGUUCAGGGGACUGGACGCUCCCUUUCUCUUCCUGGAAGACCAGUCCUGCCUACCAUCUCUACAUCUCCUUGGGUAUACCAGCCUGCUUAUAACUAUUCUAACAAACCAACUGAUGGACUAAAGAAAGGAAACAAGAGACUAACUCCUUGGGAAGCAGCAGCAAGGUCUCCGCUUGGUCUAGUGGAUGAUGCCUUUAAAUCCCAAAACAUCCAGGAAUCCAUUGUGGCAAAUGUGGUCUCAGCAGCUCGCAGGAAGGUGUUUCCAGGAUGCUCAGAAGAUUGGAAUGAGAGAAUGUCCUGUGCUCCUCAAGACCAGAAGGCCAAUAUGGGCUCAUGUGGAAGGCAAGAGCAUAAGGUUGCCUCCUUACCCGGUAAUAGUAUGCCCACCAAAUCCCAGUAUGGUUCACAGUUGCCAUAUGCAUAUUAUAGGCAGCCUUUCAGAAAUGAUUCUGAGAUAAUGUCCAUGGAGACCAGGUCUGAUUAUUGUCCUCCAGUAGCCAAUUGCAACUAUAACCCUCACCCGAGGGGAUGGAAGCGUCAAACAUGAAAAUUAGAAGAAUUGAUUGUGUGCUAACUAUAGUAUUGAUUUUUAAAAAUAUUUCUUUGCAGGGCUUUUGACUUUUCCAGUAGAUCUAGAUUCACUUUUGGUCUUGGAUUGUUCUCUGAGUGUCACUUAUUUGAGUGUGUGUGUGUGUGUGUGUGUGUGUGUGUGUGUGUGUGUGUGUGAAUGCACAUGAGAGUGUCUACUCAUGCACAGAGAAUUUCUUUGCAGAAAGACUUUGUUUUCUACACUGAUGUGCUGGCAUUUAUAUCUAAUUCAUUAUCUUAAUUCCAUUUAUUCCAUUAAUAUGGGGAGGUUUAGGCAAGUAAGCCCUGCUCAUUUAAAUGAAAUUAAGUAUUUUCUUGUCUGCAUCUUAGUCUUAGUCCAGGAAGGAAUUAAUGAAAUAUGGUGUGCUAAUUGUCAUUAGCAGUACCAGCAAUCAAUAUAAUGUUAGGGGAAUUUUCAAUGUGAAUAUGCCUGAGAAUAACUAUAUAAAAAACAAUAUAACUAUAUAAAAAAGGAAUUCUUUGUUGUUAUUUUAAGCAUUUCUCUGAAACACUUUUAAAAAUAAGAUAAUUUUUUUUAAUAGAAUUGUAACAUAGCUCUUCUCAGAAAGAAAUAUUCAAGAGUAAGACCAUUAUAUAUUUCAGAAGGACUUCUGAGGCACAUGGUGUUAUGUGUGGGAAAUAAAGACUUAGGUAUAUGAUUUACUUUUAAUCUAUUUAAAGCCAAUAGCUUGAGAGAGGAAUAGACUCUGAGUUUAGGUAUCCUAAUUCGUCAAAUGAGAUCAGAUUAUUUAGUCUCAUAUCCUUAACAGAUCUGAUAUUCUGAGAUUUUCUCAUUAGUGGAAUAUCCGUUGAUGAAUUAUUCAUUGUAGUUGUUCAUCAUUUAAGUAUCUGAUGAAAUUUAGAAGUGGAUUAGGUCACUGGGCAUCACUAUAUAUGUACCAUUAAAGGUCCAAAAGGGAUUGUUGGGAGGCAGGUUUUGUGUUACGUGUUACAUGGAGUUAGGGCUGAUGUGAAGAAAAAAACUUAAUGGACUUAAGGAAGUAGUAGACAGAUGUGUCAGUUAUUAUGCAACUGUAGGUCAUGACAACUUAUUUAGUUAUAGGAAACAUGCCACAGGAGCCUAGAAAGCCAUCAUUAGAAUGUUCAAAGGAAGUUAAAGAUCUGCUUGGUCAAUUCCGUGAACCAUGCCUUGUUAGCAUGACCAUGAGACAAUCAGUCAAACACUUAUUCCUUAUCACCAUACCCACAGUCUUAAGUAUAAGGAAAUUCAAAGUAUUUUACAUUACAAGCAAGUAUCGAGCAUAUUUUAAAAUAAAAAACAUUUUGAGUUUUUAAAACCUUCUUAGGUUUUUAAAUGUGGUGAUUUUGCUUUGUUUUACUUUUCAGCUCGUGAGCUUAUCAAUAUGAUGGUGUAUUUCACAGAAUAAAACUUAAAAAAAAACCCAGGAUACAUGUGAUCCCUCAUCUUAAAAGUAAAAGAAUAAAAAUUGAAUCAGUCACAGUAAGUUCUAUUAUUGAUGGAGCUAAUCAGAUACUAAUUUGUUUAGUUAUGGACAAAAGAAAAGACUAAUACUUUCUAAAGUUGUAAUGUUAAAUUAUCUUAAAUUGAUAUACUGUUAAUUCUCUCAAAUUAUAAGAUAUAAUUAUUGAUUCCUAGGACUUCCUAUGAAAUCUUAAAAAGUAAUUCCUGGUAUAUUGAUUAGUCAAGGAAAUGAAUUGUUUUAUGUUUUUAUUAGAAACUGAUGUUUCAAGAAGUCAAAUUUUUCAGACAUCCUUCUGAAAAGUAAAAGAACCAUUAUCAAAUAAUCACAAAAUGUGUUGCAGGUAUUUACCUCCAAUGUACUUGAAAAGGAGUAGAGUUAGAAUGCUUACAUUCAAGCUAUUGUUUGAGACUAGACACCUGACAUGCUGAGAUCUGAUUCCUAUUGGUGAGAAAUCCUAGAUAACUGUUAGAUGAAAAUAGCCUUUUUAGAGAAGAGCAGUUGCUUGUAAAUAUACAUACCACAUUUUUGUAAGACAUUUUCCUACUAAUAGCAAUCACAUUGGUAGAAAGAAUACCUAUUUUGUCAAGGAUUAAAAAGCAUUCUCUGAAAGUAUAGUAUGUCAGUGAUAGGGACACUAAUUUGGCACCUUUCCUCCAUUUUGAGUUUCAUAUUAUAUUAUUGCAUGUGUGUGAAGUGUCUGUUAUGAAGAUGAUUUAAAUUUUGUCUAGUAUUUUGAGUUUUAAAACUGCACAAAGUGUAGUCCAUUUAUCUCUGAAUAUGUCUGGCACCGUCACUCACAGUGGUAAGGGUCACCCUAUUUGUGCUCAAGCAUAUGUAUGUACUAAUGAAUUGAAACUUUGCUUAAAAAUUUUUAUCAAAUAGGCUCAGUUAUUAUAAUUAAGAGAGGAAGUGUAGAAAUGUUUAUUUUUUAAGAGUAAGUAGAGUUUCACAUUUGGUUUCUAUCCAAAAUAGAAGUAUCUAAACUGUCCACACUUUUCUAUUAAAAUACGAUGUUUUUCUGCUAUUAGAUUGACAUUUCUACUCAUGUUUAUUCCAAGAGACUGUAUUUGAAAGAUGUAUACUGAAAAUCAAGAGCAUAUUAGUAAUAAAAAGUAACUUGAAAAUCAA